GUUUUCGUUGGUUUGCCUGUUAUUUUUUUCCUCUCUCAAAGGCAGUGGUUUUGGGAGUCGGCUGCGUUUUGGUUAUAGUCUGGCUUGUGUUUGAUGCCCAAAGGAUAUAUUCUAAGAUGAUGUUGGAGUGUGUGGACGGGUCAGGGACCAUCGACUUGCCUCCCGGCCUCACCACCAUCGGGCGAGGGCCUCUCCUUGGGGUUUCUGAUAAACGAGUGUCCCGAAACCAUGGCCUGCUGGAAGUAUUAGAUGAGAAGCUGCGCAUUAAACCGAUACAUGUUAAUCCAUGCUUCCAUCAGUCCUCCAGUGGAGACCAGCUUCUGCCCUUGGAGAAAGAUAAAUGGCACUGGCUGGACCUAGGAGACCGCUUUUCUUUGCUGCCAGACAAAUACAUAUAUAAAGUUAUUUCUUCUAGUUCUGACCAGACGUUAAGAAACAGUGACCUGUCCAGUUUUGAAGAUGAUCAAUCUAACUCAGAAAGUUUGCAAAUAGGUCAAAAGAAGUUUACAAAUGGCUCUGAGAAAUCGGAGGAUUACACAGAACAACCGACUGAAUCUUUCAAGCCAAAGACAAGUGAUCCAAAAGCCAAAUCCAGCACAUUUGAACCAAAGAACAUUUUGGAGAAUACGUCAAAGAAUGAGCAACAGAAGAAUAGUAAUGCAUCACUGAAUCCUGUGCAGAGGAAAAGGAUCUUGCCAGCUUGGAUGCUGCAAGUUCCAAAUGAAAUACAAAGUACUUCACCUUCUGUCAAUAAACAAGGUAAAGGAAGGGGACGAGGAAGAGGAAGAAGUGGUGCAGAGGAAACCAAAACUGAGGUAAAUCAACCAGGAAGAAAAAGAAAUGAAUCAUUUGAGAAUAUCAAAGAAAAUGAAGCUUCAGAUCAACCACUAGAGAAAAAGGGCAGAAGGAAAAAAACUGAGGCAAGUGAAAAUGAGAAGCCUACUCUCAGCAAGAGCAAUACUAAGGAGAAUAAUUUUGGAACAAAUUCCACUUAUGUGAAAAGGAAAGAAGAAAUAAGGAACCAAUUCAGUAUGCCUUCUCGGACCAAGCUUGACGAUGUUGAAGGUAGCAGCCAAGAACAUUGUGGCCCACAGAAAUUACAUGAAGCAAGCAACUGGCCAGUGAGCGAUAAGGAGGAGGAGGAGGAGGAGGAGGAGGAGGAAGUGGGAGCAGUUGAACAGGAGCAGCUGCGGCACACACAUAUGCAAGAUCCCCAUUGUAAAAAUAGAAGCCCAGGACUUGAAGAAACGGAGUCAGCCGGAAGCACAAGUUGUUCUCAAGCUAAAGAGCAAAAGAAGAGAGCAUGUGUAUAUGGAAUUAAUUGCUACAGGAAGAAUCCACUUCACUUUCAAGAGUUUAGUCAUCCUGGAGAUCCAGAUUAUGAGGACCCGUUAGGAGGAGGAGAGGUUGAUGAUGACAGACCAGAGUGUCCUUUUGGCACUGCUUGUUACAGGAAAAACCCACAGCACAAGAAAGAAUACAAGCACACUCAGCCUCCAGAAAGCAAAGAAAGAAGAUCAAGAAGGAAAGUUGCUCAGAAAGGUCUGCUGGAUCGUGAGAGUGAUCUGGAUGAUAGUUUUAUUGAUGAUGAAGAUGAUGAAUUGGAUCCUACUGAUGAAGAUUCUGAUUGGGAACCAAGUUCAGAUACAAAUGAAGAUAUUGAUACUUUAAGAAAAGAAGCUAAUAGAUUUGUAAAUAGGCGUUAAAAAUUGGAAAUUUUAAACUAAUUAAUCUUGGAUUCUUUCUGUUGCACUGAAAAUAACAUUUGAUAGCUGGAAUUUCUGUGACAGUUCAGUACUUUUAGCUACUUAAUAUUUUAUCUUCAUGGAAUUCACUUAUCAAUUUGAAAUGAUUAUUAGUUUAGAAAUGGAAUAAGCUUGUAAAUGGAAGCUUAUUCACUAUGGAAAAUUAGGUGUACAAGAACUUAAAGUUUACAAUAUUGUUUGAACAUGUGAAAAGUUUCUGUAUAUUGCAACUGUUCAUCUUUGCACUAGAAGAAAUGAAGCAUUUAUUUCUGAAAAACAUUUGUUGAUCCUACUAGCAGCCGAUGAGUUGCUGUUGUAGUCCGCAGUCCAUGGUUUUGGAAAUCGGUGAGUUUAUAACAAAGUCUGGUUUCUUUAUGUAAAGAAAACUCAGCUCUAUUUCUUUGUAAUCAUUGAUUUUGUAAAAUUGCUUCAUCCUACAAUGCACAAUGUGGAUUAACACUAUAAUUAACCUGCUUUUAGUUUUAACACUUUCAUCUUGACUUGUUAACUGAAUGUAAAUCUAAGCAAUUCACUUUUAUACAAAACGGGUUUGGGAUAUAAUUAGUAUGCAAAUCUCACAAUAUAAACACUUUUUGCUCUUGAUAAUUUUGCUGUUUUUGUCUUGCUGUAUUUAUUUUGUUCUGUGAUGCUUUGUUUCAUUGGAGAUUCAUAUAUGCCUGUAGUUAAUAAUGUAUAAGUUACAAAUUGGACUUCAUCAAGUUCCGAUAAACUGACACCAACAAAUUAUAUUUAAAUAACACCUUAAUAUAUAACAAAGCACUCCAAAUUGUGCACUGUGGUGAAGCCUCUUAAAUGAUAAUUUUAUUCAAAGUUCAAAGUAAAUUUAAUAUCAAAGUACAUAUGUCACCAUAUACAACCUGGAGAUUCAUUUUCUUAUGGGCAUACUCAAUAAAUUCGAUAACCAUAAUAGAAUCAAUGAAAGACCGCACCAACAGGGCAUACGAUUG